AGAGAGAGAAUCUGUUGUUUUUGCUUUGGGUUGCUUCCGUUGUACUUGGUUUGUAGGUGAAGACGAAACAAAGAAACUACAAGAACAUAUCAAGAAAAAGUGGAGAUGGAGGAGGGACAGUAUCAGAAUGGGUUCUUAGUUGGUGGUGGGUUAGGGGUGAAGGUGAUGACCGAUGAGCAGCUGGAGAUGCUGAGGAAACAGAUCUCUGUUUAUGCUACCAUCUGCGAGAGUCUUGUUCAGAUGCACCAGGCCAUCUCUGAUCCUCAAGAUUUUGCUGGGAAUCCUUACUGUGGUCCAUUUUCACCAUAUGCUUUCCAAAUGAUCCCUUCGAGGCAACGGUGGGCUCCAAAGCCUGCGCAGCUUCAAAUGCUUGAGAGUAUAUUUGAGCAAAGCAGUGCAACUCCAGAGAGGCAGAGUAUCAGAGAGAUUACCAAUCAACUUGCAGUGCAUGGCCCAAUUUCUGAAACAAACGUCUAUAAUUGGUUCCAGAACAGGAGAGCUCGUUCCAAAAGAAAGCAAGCAGCUUUACCACCAAUACCAAACGAUCAUGUCUAUUCUGCCAAAGACCAGAAAACCAAACCUGAUGAUACCCAUGUGGAUGAAAAUUUGGCACUCAUGCUCAAUCAUAUGUACUUCCAGGGUCCUGAUAUAGGAGGGAUUGACCGGUUAAUUGGCCAAACGGAAGUCCCAGUGAGCUAUAAUUCUUACUUGCAGAUGGAGGAACAUGAUGAUUAUUGAUUGAAAAAGAUGGUAGGGAGAACCAGCCAGAGAACUUAUACGACCAAAGAUAACAUAUAUAUUCUAAAAGAUUAGAGAAGACAUUUAUUAUCAUGUUUCUUAGGUCAUUGGAUCUAUUGAUUAUGGCAUUUAAGAUCCUUCAGCUUGACAAGUCUAAUUCCAAUCAACUCUCUUGCUUGGAAUGUUUCUUUUAGUUCAUUAUGAGUAUCAAUUGAAAAUUUUAACACUGAUUAUUUUCUA